GAGAAAAAAAUAAUAGGUAUGUCAAAUGUUUCGGCUGUAAGUGUAUUUUCUCAGGGAAAAGCAAUGCAAAAAAUACUUUGUGGACAGGGUUGAACCUGUCAAACUGGUUACUGUACUCAAACACAUAUCUGUUUCUUUUUCUUUCUCUUGCACUCACUUGCUCCGUAUGGAACAUGAUUACAGAGCUUACGAUGUGUAGAGAGAGAGAACACUGAAUUUAUAACAGCUAAUUAUUAGUUCAGCAAAGUGUGUGAAAUGGCAGAGGAGUGUUUUGAAGACCUCAAUCCAUUUAACUGUCCCAUCUGUCUGGACGCACUCCAGGAUCCAGUGACGAUUCCCUGUGGACACAACUACUGCAUGAGCUGUGUUAAAGACUACUGGGAUAAAAAUGGCAGCAAAGACACGGGUUACAGUUGCCCUCAGUGCAGGAAGACCUUCUCGCCUCGACCGGUCCUCAACAAAAACACAAUGUUUGCAGAAGUGGUGGAGCGGUUUAAAAACACAGGCCUUCAGGAUUCUCCACCUACACGUUAUGAUGGAGCUGGACACACGGAAAGAGAAAUCUGCACUGCAAAAAACUCCCAAAAUUUCAAGAUGUGUCCAGAAAUUAAGGAUUUGUGCUGCAGGGCCCACCUGAGAUAUCAGAACAAUGACUAUCCCAGAGAAAAGCGCACAGUUAUUGUUGUAAGCGGGGAACCUAAAGGAAACAUUUGCUUGCGUCACAACAGGCUACUGGAGUUUUCUUGUCGGACAGACAAACGGUUCAUCUGCCCACUGUGUCUUAAUGAAGCCCACCCAGGACAUGAAGCGUUUUCAAUGGCACCUCAGAAGACGAAAACACUAGAGUCCAGUACGACUCUAGAGAAACGAGAGCACAGGAGUAAAGACAAAACAACUGGACAUGGGAGGGGACAAAGUAAUAAGAGGGCUCAUGGCACUGGGCAUAGACACAGACACGGGAGCGGACAGGCCCGGGGCUCACAUGCUAAAAGAGGGCAUGAAACACACCGGCAUAUAAGUAGUGGACACAGAGGUAAUUCACAUGGGCACAGUCAUGGUGCCGGACACCGAAAGAGACAACUGGGUAUCAUGGUCAUGACAGGAACUGGCACUAGAAGAACCUCUGCAGAUAACAUUAGAGUGCUUUGAACCUUGAUUUUGAGCACAGUGUUACAGACACCAUGUUGUUUUCUA